AAAUCAAAAUGGUUUCCUUACUUUUGCUCUGGUAAUAAAAGGAGUCCUAACUUCUUCUUACUGUAAACGUGAAGGGCAUCAUCAUCCCCAUUUUCAGAAGAACCGAUGGGGCUGUUCUCGAACAGAGUCGAUAGAGAGAGUCUGAAACCAGGAGAUCACAUAUAUUCAUGGCGUGUUGCUUAUAUUUAUGCUCAUCAUGGUAUCUAUGUUGGUGAUAACAAAGUAAUUCAUUUCACGAGACACGGUCAAGAAGCAGGAACCGGUUCGGUUUUUGAUGUCCUAACGGGUAGCUCAGCACCACCACCGACUCUAAUCCCAUGCCCUAAUUGCACGCCUACCAAGAACACCAACGGAGUUAUCGCCUCUUGCCUCGACUGUUUCCUCUCCGGUGGAGUCCUCUACCGUUUCGAAUACUCCGCCAACCUCGCCGUCUUCAUGGGCAAAGCACGCGGCGGUACGUGCACUCUUGCCGCCUCAGACCCACUGGAAACCACCCUCCACCGCGCAAACUGCCUCCUUGACCAUGGCUUUGGGUGCUACAAUGUUUUCAAGAACAAUUGCGUAGACUUUGCUUUAUAUUGUAAAACGGGCCUUCUUGUUUCAGAUAAAAAGUCAACAAGUCAAAGUGGACCCGCGUCAUCAUCCUUCAUUGGUGGAUCCCUAACGGGUGUCGUUUCUGUUUUGUUUAAGGUUACGAAGACAACAUCGGGUGUGCUAUCGGGUGCGGCUAUGUAUUAUGUUAGUCGCUAUACGUAUGAUUUUGGUGUAAGGAGUGAUGUGAUUAAGCUUGAUGUGGAGGAUCUACCACAUAAGUAGGCAUAACAAUAAUGGUACUUAGUAUCGGGUUGUUUUUUUUUUUACUUGAUGAACUUUAUAUGUUAACUAUUUUAACUUAGACGCCUAUGUAUGAUUGUCUUUUAUAUGAUUCAGACAAAAUGACUUGAUGGAUUUUUACAACUUAUGGAGUUUGUGUG